AUGCGUCGGCCUACGAAGUAUUACAGUCUUACCAGGCCGAAACUCAGGCAAUCAUGGAACAAGUACAACUUGUUUAAUAUUGCCCGUGCGACCGGCCGUGAGCCACCAGUCAAGGGCCGAGCGACAUUCUUCCAGCAGAAGUGGGCAGCCAAGUCGAAAACCCGAGGUUACCACGGCGAGCAUGUUUCCGAGAAGAAGUGGGUGCGACUAUUUUCACGACGACUUCAAUCCGCCGUCGACCUUCCCCCCGAGUACCUUGCCGCCAACGAUGGUGCUGAGCAAGCCGCUGGUCGUGGUUCGGGCUUGUCGACAUCCAAAGUGACCGCCGAGUCUUACUCUAAAGUGCCUGGACCCAGCUCUGCAGCCCGCCCUCCUUCUCAUCCGGCUCAGCGAAGUCGUGGCUUCGGUGAUGUCAACGAGAUGUUGUCUGAGCAUUUCCAGAACAUGACACCCUAUAUGCAAAUGACCUUUGCACCUCUGGAGCGAAGACUGGACACAGCCGUGUUCCGUGCCAUGUUCGCCAGCAGUGUACGACAGGCUCGUCAGUUUAUCAUUCACGGUGCUGUUAAGGUCAACGGCAAGAAGAUGGUUCACCCGUCAUACGCAUUGAACCCCGGUGACAUGUUCCAAGUUGAGGUUGAGAAGGUUUUGUACGGAACUGGCGAGCAGAAGAAGCCUGGUGCUGUAACGGAGGAUCGCACGAAGGAGCAGCUCGACCAGCAAGAGGAGGCUGUCAGACAACAAGGUCUUAAGAAGCGUUCAAAGAUUCUGGAUGCUGUGGCUGCUAAGGAAGGAGAAGAGGCUGAGUCUGCCGAAGCGAAGCUUGGAAAAGGAUCGCGUAAGGGUGUUGAGCGCGAGGUGCAAAUGCAUCGCAUCAAGAACCUUCGUCUAACAGCCCGAGAAAUUCUAAAGGGCGAUAUGAGACAGCUAUCGGCUAAGCAGAAGAAGGAUCUGCGAUUGUUCCGAGACACUGCCCAGCGUCUUCUCUCUCUCCGCCCGGACCGCGAGCUCGAUGCACGGGAGCUCCUUGAGCAAGUCCAAGCUCAAAUCAAUAAGCUUGACACCGUGGAAGCUUUCCGCAAGGCCGACCCAGCCCCUGCUGAGGCAUCGGCCGAGACAGAGACUUCGGCUGACGACAAGGCCACGAAAAAGAAGGAGGCACAGGCCAAGAAGUCGGAAUUCAGGAAAAAGGUCCUUGAGGAGGGUCUUGAAAGCCUCACAACUAAGGAGGAGAGGGAUCGGGCCAUGAACAUUCUGGCUACUGAGAACCUGACCAACGAGGAAAUCCGCAAACUGGUCUUCAUCCUCAAGAACGACGCCGAGAACCCUAUCGACCACUCGAAACCCUACGUUACUCCCUGGCGCCCUCGCCCAUUCAUGUCCGCCUUUGCUUUCAUCCCUCGCUACCUCGAAGUCAACCCCAACAUCUGCGCUGCAGUCUAUCUCCGCCACCCUGUGGCACGAAAGGGAAUGGCCGAGGUUCCUACACCUUUCAGUUACUUGACCAACCAAUUGGCUCAUAACUGGUACUUGGGACGAGGUUAA